GGUGUGGUGAUGAUGUCACAGAUAAGGGCUCUAUCUCGCCAGGCUUUGUCAAAGUCUCUGGAGCUAGUGACAGCUGACUCUGUCAAGGUGACUCAAGGUCGUUUGGUCAAUGACACACCACGACCCCUGGUUGUACUUCUAUCAUGGAUGUUAGCCCAGAAGAAACAUAUUAACAAGUACUGUGAGUUCUAUGUCAACCGAGGCUGCAAUGUGUUGACCAUCAGCAUUACUCCUUGGCAGCUGCUGUUCCCAGUCACUGGCAGUCAGGUGGUGGCAGACGAAGUACUGAGUUUCCUUGAUCAGAACUCCACAAACGAACCCCUCUUUGUCCAUGGCUUCUCCGUUGGGGGUUAUGUUUGGGGAGAGGUUAUGGUGAAGAUGAAACAAGAUCUUGAACGUUACGAGCACAUAGUCAACAGGAUCAUCGGACAAGCAUGGGACUCCGCCGCGGAUGUCACAGAGCUACAGGUUGGACUUCCUCUAGCUGUCUUCCCCAGGAAUCCCAUUAUGAGGCUGGCAUUAGGAAAAUAUAUUGGUUACCAUCUGAAGGUCUGUGAUGACAUAGCUACCAAGCACUACAUCCGCUCUAGUCAGAUGUUUCACACGACACUGGUACAUCGUCCGGCGCUGCUGCUGCUGUCCAAGACUGAUCCUGUUGGCUCCAUCACCUCCAACCUGCGACUCAAAGAGACUUGGGAGUCCAUGGGGAUCAAGGUCACAUGGAAAUGCUGGGAUGACUCUAAACAUGUUAGUCACUACCUAAAGUACAAAGAUGAAUACAUCGAAACACUAGAAAACUUCCUGGACAAUAUAAAAAAAGAUGGAGAGAAAGACCAAAUUCAAAAUGAGGAAGACUUGAGACGUAAGCUUCAAGCCAAACUGUAGUUAGAUCCCAACAACUUUGUUUGUAAUGCAUUAGCCUUCAAAAUAUUCAUAUUGCUUUGAAAUGAGCUAAUGUAGCUCAAAUAUUGAUCUUGAAUUUAAAUUAAAAUCUUUAAUGUUAACUAUCAAUAAGUUUUUAAAUUUGUUAACAGUUUUUGUCAAUGCUUUGAUUUGUAAAAUUUAAAAUCGACAUAUACAUGUUGCAUCCCGGUGUCCAAGCUUUGCUUCUUUAAAAUGUUUUAUUUAGUGAUUUGGAUUUUAUGUGAUUCGGAUUUUAUGUGAUAAUAGUAUUUACUCUUACAAAGACAGUAAAUCUAUAACCUCAAGACAGACCAUUUUAUAUUUGAUGGAUCAUGAUGUUUAAUUUUUUUGCUGUCUAAUGAAAUCUGAACUUAAAGAUAUAUAUUUUUUAACAACGGAAUCUCUAUUUCAUAGCAAAGCAGUGAUCUAGAUAAUUAGGUUAGUGUAAUUUGUUCAUUUAUAUAAUAUUUGUUCAAAAAAUACCAAGUUAGUUUAGCUAGUCUGAUAUUUUAGUCAUAGAGGUUUAUUAGUCAGUGUUGCAUUCAGUAAUAUAAAUUUGGCCCACAGUAAAGACUUAAGUUUUACUGAAAGACUGUUAAAACUAAGAAUUUCAACAUGUACAAUUUAUCUUGAAACUAUCAAUCAAUCGUGUUUCUUUUACCAUUGAAAGUCAUAAUGUAUAGCAAAAAGAAAUUGUAAUAAAAUAUAUAUUACAGGAUGGCAUUAUUACUGACCAUAUUUGGUAUUUGAUGUUUUUUAGGUAACCCAUUGUUCUGAAAGUAAAUCUGCUAUUAAUCAAGAAUUUCUUUUUUUCUUCAUGUGUGUCAGACAAUUGCCCAAAAAGCGCUGACUUCUAGUGUCUGAUUUAAUAUGCCUUGAUGAUUAUGAGUGUAAUGAUUAAAAUACAGAUGUAACCUUAACACUACAUUUUUUCAACAUUGUUUUAGGAGUAAAUAAGUCUUUAUGAUUAAAUAAUAUUCACUCUAUAUUCUCACUACUUCAUACUUUUGCCACUUGUAGCCUUUUAAACACCAUUAAUGCCACCAGACUUAUUAUUUUAUGUAUUUUAUACUUUUAUUCUGAACCUAGAUUAUAUUAUAAAUAUUGUGUGUUAUUAUAAAAAAUACCCAGAUAUACUAAAAUUAAUUCUUCCACAAAAAGACAAUUUUAUUUAGGAUGAAAUUAAUGCAGGUCUGUGUGAGGUUAGAUGAGGAUAGAAAAGAUGAAUAAACUAUCUAUUUUCACUUUACUUUUUUCAAAACUUUCGAGUAUUACCUAUAGAAUAUUAAAUGAAACUAUUUUACGUUAAACGUAUAGUUUUCAGUUUUCAACUAGAAAGGCUUUACAUUCUGUACACUGUAAAGUCUUGCUCUUCGGUAGAUAACCUGUUGAACUGGCAAAAUACUGGCUAAUGUAGAUAAUCAUAUUCUAAACAUGUAUCAGUAUUUUUGCCGGUUCAACGUCAAGGCAAUCUCCCAACAGCAAGAUUAUACAAUGGUUAUAAUGUGUAACAGAAAAAAUAUCUUGCAUGAUGUAUCUGGGAAUUUGUAAUUAUUGUAAGUUCAUAUGUGAUAAGAUUUAUCAUGAUUACUAAGUAAUUUCAUGAUCUUAUUUUUCACUUUGAAAACUUUUACUUUGUUUAUUUCAUCUAAAUGUUUCUGUGAUAUGAAAGAAAAAUUUGUACCACAAUCUAAUUUGAACCAUUGAUGUGUUUUAUUAAACUGUUAUACAA